AUGAUGAUGUCACAACAAAUCAACUCCAAUAAGAGUCGCUCAGAAGCUUCUGCACCCUCGGGAUCAGGAUCAAGGCGACGUCAACUUGGUCCAUCACAAUCGCAACAAGCUUCAUCUGACUCAAUGGAUCAAGAAAACAUAAUCACAAUCUCUUCCGGAGAUGAGUCGAUCAUCUGUAUCACUCCACCACGAAAGAAGCAGAAACGACGGCGAAAUGAGAGAAGACUGAUGGAAGAUAGAGAGAAUUUGUCGUCGGAUGAUGAAGAAAACGGGAUUGAAGGGCCUGUUGCACCAGUUUUGAAUUCACAUCAUGAUAUCAUACUUUAUGGCCAUGGUGAUACAGAAAGUUUUGCUUGCUCCCCAUCCUGCAGAGUGCACUUCCAGAAGUAUCAACGAAUGGCAGAUGGGGAUGAAUUGGAAAUUGGGAUGGUUGUGGAAGAGGUGUUAUCUGAAGAUCCUGAUAUUGAAGAAGAGGAAGAAGACAAAAACGUCGACGUAGGAAAAAAGAACAUCCUGAUCGGCCCAAAUUAUCCACCUGAAUUGCCGGAAAUGCUCACCACAACACCAUUCGAAGACCAAGACCGAGAUGAACUCACCUGGACACCCCCAGCAUCCCAUCAAUUAAAGGAUAUUAAUAAUACUCCACAGCAGAUUGACAAAUUCUAUGAAUUGACUCGAAAUGUCUACUGGCGAGCAAUCUGGAGGGGAUUCGAUGGGCACAUCCCGUAUGAAAUUGCACUGGAGAACCUGAUGAAGAACAAUUAUGAUAUAUUCGAUAGUCUCAAUUCAAUCGAUCAGUAUCUCCGAGUUCUCCCACGACAAAUGAAGCCACCGUGUGCAAUUCAGAUGAAAUUCAUGUAUGAGAAUUCUAUGAAAGACGUCAAGGCGUUGCGUCAACUGCAGAAGCGAGGGAUGCAAAACUACAAUUUGGCAGAGAUCCAUCAGUACCGCUACAAAAUGAUCCGCUUCUUCCAUCUCCAACCGCUCUUCAAGCUUCCUUGCAAUUGCAAUGAAGUCCUAUGCUCAAUACUCCAUUUUCUGCCAAGAUAUGCCUGUGAAAACUGCACCAGACGCAUUAGAAACAUCGAGGAACCAAAUGAGAAUAGACUCUGUAUUAUAUGCAAAACAUGGAGGCACUUGAAUGGGAACAUCGUGGAUCGACCAGCGAGGAAUGUGGUCUUUACGGAUGAGGAGACAGAGAACGUCGAGAAGUGUAAUCGAUUGGAGCAUCAGAUGGGACGUCACCUUAAGUCAAGUGAGUUCGAUGAUCAUUUGAAAAAAGAAAGGGAUGAGCGAUGGAGCAGAUUGGAGUUGACCGACGAGGAGAAGAAAAUUAUUGGAAAACGAUGGAGUAAAAAGAGCGGAAAAGACAUUGUCGACUCUCUCCAGCCAUUUGUGAUGCCAUUGUUUGUGGUGUGUCGAUGCCAGAAGCAGCCAAAUGACGGAGACCUUGAGCUUACUGCCGAGCAAAAAGAAGAGUGUCUCAAGCUGAUCAAAAAGUCCGUCUUCAAAAAACAGUUGAAUCGAAAAUGGUGGAUAACUGAUCAAGCGAAAGUAGCAGAGAAGAUGGGAGUAGCAGUGGAGAAGGUUGAAAGAUUUGUAGAAGCUCACAACGAGAAUUCUGACGAGACAAUCCUUUUGAUGUACAAGAAUUACAUCCCAAAUCUGCCAACUACGAUUAGAAGAUUUGCUCACAAGAUACCUGGAGACAUUGAGCCAUGGCGGGUUAGAGAAGUCUAUGAAAUUGAGGAGAAAACAAAAAUUGUUUGUCAAGCGUCUACUGAAGCAAAUGAGACCUCAAGAAAGAAGUCGGUUGCAGAAAUUCAGAAAACUGUGGUUACAACAAAAAGUGCGCCAACGGCAGGAAAAAGAAGGCAAGGAAAGAAAUAA